UGUGUAUGUGGGUUAGAGCAUUGAAUUUAUACGCUCAUAUAUUUCGUACUGUGGAACCAAAAAGGAAACGUUUAGAAGAAGCAAAUGCCGAUUUAGAUAUUGUUAUGCGUAAACUUCAACAAAAACAAUUAGAAUUAUUCAAUGUCGAAGAGAAAAUUACAUUAUUACAACAAGAAUAUCAUCAAUCAAUGAAUGAAAAAAAGAAACUAGAACAAUAUUUAACAUUAAUAUCAACUCGAUUAAAACGUGCUCAUAAAUUAACCAUUGGUUUAAUUGAUGAACAAGAACGUUGGAAAUUAUCUAUAGAACAAUAUAAUUUACAAUUAAAUCAUAUAAUAGGUGAUGUAUUGAUAGCAUCCGCUUGUAUUGCAUAUUAUGGUGCAUUUACAAUCAAUUAUCGUCAUGAUUUAAUUCAACAAUGGAUUCAUCGUUGUUAUGAAUUAAAUAUAUCACUUAGUGAAGAAUUAACUUUAUCUCAUAUUCUUGGUAAUAAUUUAUAUGAAAUAAGACAAUGGUUAAUACAAGGUUUACCAAAUGAUUCAUUUAGUAUAGAUAAUGCUAUUUUAAUGAAAUAUUCAAGACGUUGGCCAUUAUUUAUUGAUCCACAAGAACAAGCUAAUCGUUGGAUACGUACAAUGGAAUCAAAGAAUCAAUUAAAAAUUAUUAAAUUAACCGAUUCAAAUCUAUUAAGAAUCUUAGAAAAUUGUAUACGACUUGGUUUACCAUUAUUAAUUGAAGAUAUUGCUGAAAUAUUAGAUCCUUCAUUAGAAUCUAUUUUAUUAAAACAAACUUUUAUCUCUGGUGGUCGUUUAUUAAUACGUCUUGGUGAUAAUGAUAUAGAAUAUAAUCAAAAUUUUCGUUUAUAUAUAACAACUAAAUUAUCUAAUCCACAUUAUUUACCUGAUAUAUCAAUUAAAGUAAUAAUUAUUAAUUUUACUGUUACAUUAAAUGGUUUACAAGAUCAAUUAUUAAAUGAUAUUACUAGUAUUGAAAGACCAGAAUUAGAAGAACAACGUAAUCAAUUAAUUGUUAAAAUUAAUACAGAUAGAAAUCAAUUAAAAGAAACAGAAAAUAGAAUAUUGAAAUUAUUAUUUGAAUCUGAAGGUAAUAUAUUAGAUAAUGAAGAUUUAAUUAAUACAUUAAAUGAAUCUAAAAUAAAAUCAAGUGAAAUUACAAAACGUUUAAAUGAAGCAACAUUAACAGAACAAAAAAUUACAAUAGCACGUUCCAAAUAUUUACCAAUUGCUACACGUGGUUCUGUUAUGUAUUUUGUAAUAACAUCUAUGGCUGAAAUUGAUCCAAUGUAUCAAUUUUCAUUGAAAUAUUUCAAAAAUUUAUUCAAUACAACGAUACAAAAUUGUCCAAAUGUCACUACAUUAGAUGAACGUAUACAAAUUUUAAUAGAUUCUAUUACUAUAGCAACAUAUAAUAAUAUUUCACGUGGUUUAUUUGAACGUGAUAAAUUAAUUUUUUCAUUUAUGUUAUGUAUUGAAAUAUUAAAACAAAUGAAUCAAAUUACAAUGAAUGAAUGGUUGUAUUUUUUAUUAGGUAUACCUAAUAAUAAUAAUAAUAAUAUUAUAACUAAUACUAAACAACAAUUAGAACAACCAAUUCAUACAAAAAAUUGGUUAACUAUAAAACAAUGGAAACGUAUUAUUGAUUUAUCACAAUAUUUUCCAGAACAAUUUCAUACAUUACCUAAUGAUAUAUGUAAUUAUUCAAUUAUGAUUGAUUUUAAUCCAAUAAUGAAACAGUUACCAAGGGAACAACAAGAAGAAGAAGAAGAAUUAGGUAUUUAUAAAUUAACUCCUAAAAAUUAUAAAAAUACAUUACCACUUAGUAACUAUAAUGAAACAUUAACAUCAUUUCAAAAAUUAUUACUGAUAUCAACAUUUUAUGAAGAUCAAAUUAUUAAAGUAAUAAGAGAUUUUAUAUAUUAUAAUCUUGGUAAAGAAUUUAUUGAAACACCAUCAUGUCAUUUAUCAAUAUUAUAUAAAGAAAUCAAUUCAAUAACACCAUUAAUAUUUAUAUUAUCAAAUGGUUCAGAUCCAAUGAAUCAAUUUCAAAAAUUUAUUAAAGAAUAUAAUAAUAUAGAACAUGUACAUAUUGUAUCAUUAGGACAAGGACAAGGUCCAAAAGCGGAGAAAUUAAUUCAUGAAGCAUGUAAAUUAGGUGAUUGGGUAUUUUUACAGAAUUGUCAUUUAGCUGCUUCAUGGAUGAUUCGAUUAGAAGAAAUAGUGAAACAACUUGCUGAAAAUCCUAAAUCAACACAUACAGAUUUUCGUUUAUAUUUAAGUUCAAUGCCAUCAAAAUCAUUUCCAAUAUCUGUAUUACAAAAUUCAGUAAAAGUAACUAAUGAACCACCAAAAGGAUUAAAAGCUAAUCUUAUUCGAGCAUUGAAUGAUAUAUCAAUGGAAUCAUUUAAUACACAUGUGUUAAGAAAUGAUUGGCGUAAAUUAGUAUUUGGCAUUUGUUUCUUUCAUUCAAUUAUAUUGGAAAGAAAAAAAUUUGGACCACUUGGAUGGAAUAUUAAUUAUGAUUUUAAUGAUUCGGAUCGUGAAUGUGCAUUAUUAAAUUUAGAAAUGUUCUGUCAUGAAUCUUAUAUACCAUGGGAUGCUUUAACGUAUAUUACAGCUGAAAUUACAUAUGGUGGACGUGUCACUGAUUUCUGGGAUCAAAGAUGUUUACGUACAAUACUUCAACGUUUCUUUCAUCCAUCUACAUUAAAAUCAGAUUAUGUUUAUUCAUCAUCUGGUAUUUAUUAUCCACCAACUAAAGAAACUUUAAUAGAAUAUAUGGAAUAUGUAUCUAGUCUUCCAUUUAGUUCAGGACCUGAAUUAUUUGGUAUGAAUGAAAAUGCUAAUUUAGUAUAUCAGCUUCAAGAAACAAAUAAUCUAUUAUCUGUUAUUCUUAAUGUUCAACCACGUACAAAUACAAUGAGUACAGGGAAAACAAAUGAUGAUAUGGUUUAUGAACAAGCUGAUUCAAUAUUGAAAAAAUUACCAGAAAAAAUUAAUAUUGAAGAUGCACGUCCAGAUUUAUUUGAUACGGAUAGUAAAGGUCGGAUAGAUUCACUGACUACUGUACUUACUCAAGAAAUUGAUCGAUUUAACAAACUAUUAAAAAUUAUCAAAAAUUCUUUGAAACAACUUCAAAAAGCAAUUAAAGGUUUUAUUGUUAUGUCAGAAGAUUUGGAAGGUGUAUACACGGCAUUUUUACAAAAUUCUGUACCAGAAAUUUGGUCAUCUAAAUCAUAUCCAAGUUUAAAACCGUUAGGUAGUUGGAUAAAAGAUUUAGUACUACGUUGUGAUUUUAUUAACACAUGGAUGAUUAGAGGAAAACCUCUUUCAUUUUGGAUAUCUGGAUUCUUUUUUCCUCAAGGUUUUCUAACUGGAAUUUUACAAAAUUAUGCACGAAAAUAUAAUUAUCCAAUUGAUCAUUUAACAUUUCAUUUCAAUGUUUUACCAUAUUAUCGUAAUCAAGAAGAAAUUUCUAUAGCUAUAUCAAAACUUCGUUUAGGUGAAAUAUUAGAAGUUGAUAAAAUGAUAAAUAAACCAAAAGAUGGUGUACUUGUACAUGGAUUAUUUAUGGAUGGUUUCAGAUGGGAUGAUAAAACAAUGCAAAUAACUGAUUCUAUAUUAGGUGAAAUGUUAUCUAUUAUGCCAAUAAUACAUAUGAAACCAGAAAUGGAUUAUAUACCAGAUUCAAAUGAUUAUAUUGCACCAUUAUAUAAAACUGCAGCCAGAGCUGGUGUAUUAUCAACAACAGGUAUGUCAACAAAUUUCAUAGUCGCUGUUCCAUUGAAAACAAAUAAGCCUCAAGCAUAUUGGAUUGAGAUGGGUGCAAGUUUACUAUGUGAAUGUGUAAAUCCCUAAGUAAAACAAUCUUCAAUCGGACAAUCAAUCAUAAAAACAACUUAUGUUGAUGUAUUUAAUCUGAUAUUCCACUUUUAUUUACUUAAUAACUACGUAAAACAUUAAUAUGAUCCUGUUUUAUUACUUACUUAUCAUCUUCAAUUAUAAAAUAUUACUUUUCAAA